AUGGGCUGGUGGAGCUUCAAAAUCAUUGUGGUUAUUUUCUUUUGCGAAGUGUUUGUCAGAAAAACACAUUCUGCAUCUGUAUUGGAUGUCGAGGGUCACAAAGGCUCUCAAAGACAUCUUCUGAUGGAAGAAGACAAUCUUGUCACCAGCAAUACAACUGACAUUCUAAGGGCAUUGGAUUCAGAAGAGGGUAAAAAGCGACCAGAAAUGUCCUAUCUGGCUGCUGGACUUGGCACAGUCCUCACCAUGUCACUCCUGAUUGUGAUGGCUGUCAAGUUUCGUCUCUUCCAUCGUUUUAUGGCCAGCUACAGACACUCGCUGCUCCAAGAGGCCGACGGGGUCAGCCAAUAUGGCCAAGAUGACAUGUCCUUCCCUAGCAGUGUGUCAGGCAGAAUAGGUAUAGGGAUUGGGAAUGAGCUGGAAGAAGAUGAUGAUGGCUUCAUUGAGGAUAACUACAUUCAGACCAGUGAGAAAGACAGAGCAGACAGAGAAAUAGAGGAUGCAGAGGAGGGGAUUGAGGACAGUGAUGAUGAUCUUCAUUUCACCAUAGGAUGA